AUGUCACGAACGAAGAAAGGAAAACGCGCAGGGGACAAGAAGCAACGUGGUCGCGGAGGCGGCAACAACGGCAACAACGAUCGCACGGAUUAUUCAGCCAUCGCGAAAGAGAACAAAAAAUUCGAGAACUACUACAUUAACCAGGGCAUUGUUCCUGAUGAAGAAGAGUUCAAAAAAUUCUGGCAGAGUUUGAAGGAUACUCUGCCAACAACUUGGAGGUUUACGGGAAGCAAAGGUCAUGCUGUCUCCGUACGAAACACCCUUCAAACGCACCAUAUCCCUGCUCUGACAAAUACCACAUUUGAAGGGGCAUUGAUUCCCGCGCCGACACCACUAUCAUGGUACCCGGACGAACUCGCCUGGCAGCUCACGGUGGGGAAGCAGGUCAUUCGCCGCUCUCCACCGUUCAAGCAGUUACAAGCUUUCCUUGUCUCCGAAACAUCGUCAGGGAACAUCUCCCGCCAGGAGGCAGUUAGCAUGAUCCCGCCAUUGUUGAUGGAUGUAGAACCCCAUCACAUGGUCCUGGACAUGUGUGCUGCCCCGGGGAGCAAAACGUCACAGUUGAUCGAGGCAAUUCAUGCCGGGGAAGAAGAAAGGGUUGCUGAAGCUGCAAAGAGGUUGUCCGGAGGCGAAGGGAUAGAUACUAGCGUUGACGGGGAACCUCCUGAGAAGAUUAUGGGAAAGACUACUGGGGUUGUCAUCGCCAAUGACGCCGAUUACAAGCGAUCCCAUCUCCUGAUCCACCAAACCAAACGUCUUAAUUCGCCCAAUCUCAUCGUUACAAAUUACGACGCGACAUUAUAUCCUUCGCUACGGUUGCCGACGAAGCGGGAUCCUAAUGGAGGGAAGACAAUGCAGGAAUACUUGAAGUUUGAUAGGAUAUUAUGUGAUGUUCCGUGCAGUGGUGACGGAACAGUUAGGAAGAACCCUUUGAUUUGGAGGGAUUGGAACGCUGCAAAUGGGAAUGGCUUGUGGAGCACGCAAGCUAGGAUCCUGGUUCGUGGCCUACAGCUCUUGAAGGUUGGUGGUAGACUUGUGUACUCAACCUGUUCGUUGAACCCUAUCGAAAACGAAUCAGUAGUCCAUGUGGCAAUUGAAAGAUGCGGUGGUCCUAGUGUGGUGGAGAUUGUGGAUGUUAGUGAUAGACUGCCAGGAUUGAUCAGAAGAGAAGGCAUGAAGAACUGGAAGGUUAUGGACAAGGAUGGAACUUGGUUCGAGAACUGGGAGGAAGUCCUCGAGAAGGGCGUGCCUUACACAGAUCGGUUGACGAGAGGAAUGUUUCCGCCCACUGAUCAAGACAGCGACAUCGCCAACAUGCUGAAUAGAUCGGUCAGGGUAUACCCACAUCUCCAAGAUACCGGUGGUUUCUUCAUAACCGUCCUCCAAAAGAAAGGAGCCGUUAAGGCCGCUCCAGAGGGGGAGAAAAUACAAACCGGUGGCCAAAAAAUGAAAGGUGUUAACGUUCGCGCUGGGGACGAAGCCAAAAAAGCCGCCGAGACAGCCAGCGACGUUGAUGUUAAACUGGUCGAAGAGACAGAUUUAACUUCCGCAUCGCUCGCCACUGGUGCCAAACGCGCCUUGUCUGCCGAGGAUGAAGAACAGGCGGACCCAGGCUCUCCAAUUAAAAGACAGAGACUGGAUGAUACCGCAGAUACCCCAGCUUCGGCUGGCAAAGACGAAGAUGAGGAGCUUAAGCUACUGGAUAUCCCGUCAACUGAACAAAAUCAUCGAACACAGGAGUUCGACGAAGACCCCAAGACCGAUGUUAUCGCCAAGAAGCCUCGGGGCAACUUCAACGAGGAGCCAUUCAAGUUCCUUCCUCCUUCCCACGAUGUCCUAGCCCUAAUCAAGAAGUUCUACGGCUUAUCGUCGUAUUUCCCCCUUGAUAACUUUUUGGUCAGAAAUCAAGAAGGAAUACCGGUUCGCACUAUUUAUUUCACAUCUACAAUGACGAGACAGAUCUUAUCAGAAAACGAAGGAAGAGGCAUAAGAUUCGUCCAUUGCGGUGUCAAGAUGUUCAACCGUCAAGAGGUUCAAGAUCCUGAAGCUUGCCAGUGGCGUAUUCAGAAUGAAGGAUUAGGACUAGUUGAAGCUUGGGUUGGAGACAAGAGAGUUGUUCAUCUGAAACAGAAGGAAACCCUCAGAUACCUUAUGAAGGAGCUGUUCCCUAGAGUUGAAGAUGUCGCGGAGAUCAGAGAGAGGGUGGAAGGUAUUGGUGGUGGGUGUUGCGUGCUACGAGUUAAUAUCGAAGAGGAUAAGGACGAGCUUGGGGCGUUGGUCUUGCCUUUGUGGAAGAGCAAGUUUACGUUGAAUCUGAUGUUGCCGAAGGAGGAGAGAAAGGCGUUGUUGCUUCGACUGUUCAAUGACACCGAAGGACCCAAGGAUUCCACCAGAGAGCAAAGAGAAUCGGAUGCCAAGGCUAGACGGGAGGCGAAGGAGAAGGGAGAAGAUGAGGAUCAAGAUGAAGAGAUGAAGGACGAAGAGGAUGAUGGGGGCAUUAAAAUCGAUGGCGAGGAUGAUUAA